AUGGGUGGUGGAGGAACGCUCGUGGAAGGGCUUCGACGCUUCUUUCAACGACGCGCUUCUAGUGCUGAGAACCAACACAAUGCCAACAAUAGCCGCGUCCACGUGAGAGAUUUGCGCUCGCAAUUGGCUUCCAUUCCCAACCACGACCUCAUUGUCGACCCUGAUUUCGAUUUCUCUACCUUGAAGCCCAUCAAAGUCCCGGCACAAAUCCCCUUCAGACCCUCUGCCAUGGAUCAUCACAAAAAGGGUGCCCCAGAGGCAGAGUUUUUUACUGAGUAUGGAGAGGCAAGUCAAUACCAAAUUCAAGAGGUUGUUGGAAAAGGAAGUUACGGUGUUGUGGGUUCUGCCGUUGAUGCUCACACCGGUGAAAGGGUUGCAAUCAAGAAAAUUAAUGAUGUUUUUGAGCAUGUAUCCGAUGCCACACGGAUCCUUAGAGAAAUUAAGCUCUUGCGGUUGCUUAGGCAUCCUGAUAUCGUGGAAAUUAAGCAUAUUAUGCUUCCUCCUUCCCGGAGAGAGUUCAGGGAUAUCUAUGUUGUGUUUGAGUUGAUGGAAUCUGAUCUCCAUCAAGUAAUCAAGGCCAAUGAUGAUCUUACUCCUGAGCACCACCAGUUCUUCUUGUACCAACUUCUUAGGGGCCUGAAAUAUAUUCAUACAGCAAACGUGUUUCAUCGUGAUUUGAAGCCAAAAAAUAUUCUUGCUAACGCUGACUGCAAACUAAAAAUUUGCGAUUUUGGGCUUGCUCGAGUUUCAUUCAAUGAUGCUCCAUCAGCUAUAUUCUGGACUGAUUAUGUUGCAACUCGGUGGUACCGUGCACCGGAAUUAUGUGGUUCUUUUUUCUCAAAAUACACCCCUGCAAUUGAUAUAUGGAGCAUUGGAUGCAUAUUUGCAGAAAUGCUCACUGGGAAGCCAUUGUUUCCUGGGAAAAAUGUAGUGCACCAAUUGGAUCUCAUGACUGAUUUGCUUGGCACUCCUCCUCCCGAGUCCAUUGCAAGGAUUCGAAAUGAAAAGGCUAAAAGGUAUCUCAAUGGCAUGAGAAAAAAGCAACCAGUUCCACUUUCCCAAAAAUUUCCAAAUGCAGAUCCAUUGGCUCUUCGUCUUCUGGAGCGCCUACUUGCAUUUGAUCCUAAAGACCGUCCAUCAGCUGAAGAGGCAUUAGCUGAUCCUUACUUCAUUGGUUUGGCGAACAUAGACCGUGAACCUUCCACACAACCCAUUUCAAAAAUUGAGUUUGAAUUUGAGAGAAGGAAAUUGACCAAAGAUGAUGUUAGAGAGUUGAUUUAUCGAGAGAUUUUGGAGUAUCAUCCCCAAAUGCUCCAGGAGUAUCUUCGUGGUGGAGAUCAAACUAGCUUCAUGUAUCCAAGUGGGGUUGAUCGGUUCAAAAGACAGUUUGCACAUCUUGAGGAGCAUUAUGGGAAAGGUGAACGAAGCACUCCAUUGCAGAGACAGCACGCCUCCUUACCUAGAGAGAGAGUUUGUGCUCCCAAGGAUGAAAGUGAAGAAAACAGCGAUUUUGAAAAGCCAAGUGGAUCAAAUCUACAGAGUCCUCCAGGGUCUGAUACGACCAGUGCUCAAAAUGGAACCUCCAAACCAAACUACAGUGCUCGCAGUUUGUUAAAGAGUGCCAGUAUUAGUGGUUCAAAGUGUGUAGUUGUGAAACAAAAUAAAGAUUCAGAGCAAGAGGCAAUUAGGGAGAUAAAUGAUGAGACGGUGGAUGCAGUGAUGGAGUGA